AUCAUGAUAUUCUUGUCUGUAUGAUUAAUUGAAUGUUUUCAAACUUUGUCAAAAAAGUACUUCAUCACCUAUUUUGUCCUUUGACUAUAUACUUAUAUAGUCAAAGGUUUUGGCAGUUUGAGCGAAACUUAUUAUUCAUCAAGUGUUAAUUAAGAACAAGAAGAGGAGGAUUCUUUUUCUUUCCUUUAUUACAAUUUGUAAUAACUAUAAUUUUUAAAGGUGUAAAGUAAAACAACAUUGGAUAAUUUUGCAGUUACCAAAUUUCAACUUUUAUACUCGGAUACUCUUGAAUUUUAUAUAUCUUUCAACAUGUCUUACAUGCUAUCACAUUUGGAAAACGGCUAUCAAGUCGAUCAAGCCAUCCUGUCUGAGGAAGAUAGAGUCGUGGUUAUUCGCUUUGGACACGAUUGGGAUCCAAUGUGUAUGAAAAUGGAUGAAGUGCUCUAUAAUAUCGCAGAGAAAGUUAAGAACUUUGCUGUCAUUUAUUUGGUCGACAUUACAAAAGUGCCGGAUUUUAAUAAAAUGUAUGAACUGUACGAUCCAUGUACAGUAAUGUUUUUCUUCAGAAACAAACACAUCAUGAUAGAUUUAGGCACUGGAAACAAUAACAAAAUAAACUGGACGUUAGAAGAUAAACAAGAAAUGAUUGAUAUCAUUGAAACUGUAUAUCGAGGUGCUAGAAAAGGUCGAGGUUUGGUAGUUUCACCUAAAGAUUAUUCUACUAAGUAUCGAUAUUAAUUUAUUUAGAGGUAAUAUUUUGAUGUUAUUAUUGACGAAACAUAUUAAUAUUUAUAUUUGCUUAAAAUAAAAUACAUUUAUUAAUUUUCACAAUUUAAUAAAUUUAAUUGAAUAAACAAUGUAUUACAUUUCUUCAUAUCGUAA